AUGAUCUUGGAAGCUCUGGUAGGCCUAUCCAUGGCCUACUUGGGCUGGAGUAUAGUGAGCAUGGAAAUCAAUUACCGCCGGGCAUCUUCAAUGGGCAUACCCUUAGUACGGAUUUUCAUCGAUCCUAGUAACCUGGUCUGGAUGAUCGUGAGCCCCCAUGUCUUUCGCAUCCUUGAUCUCCUUCGGAUAGACUUAGGCAACCUUAGCCGCUACGGUCGCAGGGGAUGGAAUUUUGCCGAUAGGGCAAGAUCGCAUGUCCAGUACGGCCCCGUCUGGGCGCUCAUAAGCCCCGUGGACAUCUAUGUCUAUGUUGCGGAUGCAGAUGCAGCUCAUAACAUUUGCGAACGACGGCUCAAUUUUCUGCGCCCGUCGAAGAUGUAUAAGCAGCUGGAAAUAUAUGGCCCCUGCAUUUCAACAGCUAGCUGGAAGGACUGGCCACGGCACCGGAAGAUUCUCGCGACGCCGUUCAACGAGAGCAUCAUGACUUUUGUCUGGGAUGAGAGCGUGAAGCAGACGCGGCAGAUGUUGAGCACCUGGACGGCACCUUCGACUUCACAGAUCAGGAGCGUAGCGAAGGACACACGGACGCUGUCACUGAACGUGCUGGCUGCCACGGGAUUUCGAAGAUCAUACGAGUUUGUCGGCGCAAACAACACCACCACUACCCCUGCGACGACAGGACCUACGCAAGUGGACGUAGAGACGGAAAGGACCGUAACAAGCUACCGGAAUGCUCUCCAAACCGUUCUGGACAACUGCAUCAUGCUCAUGGUCAUGCCACGGCGGCUUCUCUCGCUGCCAUUUGCACCAGCAUCAUGGCGUCGUAUGGCGAAUGCGACAGUCUCUUUUCGAGCACAUAUGGCCCGCAUGCUGGACGACGAGAUAACUGCUUCAAAGCAGGGAGCGUCUGGCUCCGGGGGUCUCAUGACCUCGUUUGUUCGGGCCCUGGAUUUGAAACAAGCGGAGGACGCGAGGGGUGGCAGUGGCAAGGGCAUGAGCCUUGAUGAGAUCUUCGGGAAUAUCUUUGUUAUCAACUUUGCUGGGCACGACACGACGGCGAACACCCUGGCGUUUGCGACGUUGCUUUUGGCUGCUUACCCGGACGUGCAGGAGUGGGUGGCCGAGGAGCUGCAGCAGGUCCUAGGUUCGGUGAAUACAGAAGGAGGAUAUAGUGAGAUUUUUCCGAAACUCAAACGGACCAAGGCUGUUAUGCUCGAAACUCUUCGCCUCUAUCCACCUAUUAUGGCUAUUCCUAAAUGGACAAACGAUGAACCGCAGAGUUUGCAAGUCGGGGCCCAGACUAUAGUCAUCCCACCCAACACAGGGGUGCUUCCUAGUAUUAUGGCGCUCCAAACCCACCCGGCAUACUGGGAGGAUCCCCUUUCCUGGAGCCCACGACGUUGGAUAUCGGCACCGAAGACCCAACAAAGCGAGGCAUUGUCUCUUGGAGACGAAGUAAUCAUCACCCCUCCUAAAUGCACAUUCUUCCCGUGGUCCGAUGGUCCCCAGAAUUGCCCGGGAAUCAAGUUCUCGCAGGUAGAGUUUGUGGCCGUGAUUGCGAGUUUGCUACGGAAUCAUCGGCUCGGAGUUGCGGGAAACCUGGGCGGGUCUUUCGAAGAAUCAAAGCGGCGGAUCCUUGAUACGGUCAAUGACGUGGAACUACAAUUGCUAGUGAGUAUGAGGGACCCUGAUCGCAUUCAGCUGGUGUGCAAAAAGGCCUGA